ACUCGUCUUAUCCAUUUUUGGUAAUUUUGAGUAAAAGUAUCUAUAGUCUAGUAUUGGCAGCCCUGCACAAUAUUCAGCAUCAUUUUUGUGGCAUAACUCAUUCUAUCCUGUAUAAUUUACAUGUUAAAGUCGUGCAUUUGUUCCAAAACUAAUCUUAUCCACGCCUAUAUUGGUAGCAAAACUUGUCAUAUCAUGCAUGUGACGAUUUGCCCUAUUAUCUUCAUUUUAAUAGUGCUUUCUUUAGUCAUUGAUGCAAUUUCAGGCAAAGCACGAUAUAUUUUAUAAACGUUUAGUGUUAAACGAUAUAUUUUUCAAUAGUUUUUAAGCAAAAUGGACAAUGAAACGGUCGUGUUACAUGAAGGAAAGGGCAGGCGGAAAAAUAGAAAUAAAAGUUCCUGGAGUAAAGAAAAAGCCAAGGUUGAGAGGAGAAAAUCAAAAGGUCUACCAAAAAAGAUUAGAAAAAGACCUUAAAAGGAAGGAUACCAUAAUAAUUGAUCCCCAGGAGUAUAUAAACAUAUUUUCUAAAUACGGAAAAGUAAAAAUACUUGGUAAAGACGUGCCUGUUUUUGAUUUUAAAACAUGUGUAGCUGAAAAUAUUAAAGCACCUGGUCAGUUACAUUUCCAGUUUGCGCCAGCAAAAAGAUUAAAAUUGAUAAAAGAUAAAAACACUAUUUUACUUAAAGGGGAAACAACAUACAAAAGUGAUUUAGGUGUCUUUAAACCAUUCCUCAAAAAAGGAAAAAAUUUCCAUUUUAAGCCUGAAUUGCUUCCACUGAAGGUCCCGGUAAAAAAGGAGAAACUAGAAGAUGUCAAUAAACUUCUCAAACAGCAUUUUGGACCAAAUUGGAUGGAGCUUAGUGAAUUGGACUUCUACAAGAACCUUCUAUCCAGACCAGACAAAGACGAGAUUCAAGAAGAAAUGGAAGAAAUUCAGGAUAUUCCAACAGAAUUAAGUGAUGAAUUGACCGUAUGAUUUAAUCAACUUUAAUUUGU